GUUUUAUGUGACUUAAAAUUUUUUAAACAUAUUUCAAUGCAUCAAUUUGUAAACAUAUUACUAUAUACACUAUAUAUUACUAUUUAUACGCAUUACUUUAUACUAAUACGUAUUUACUUUAUACUUAUGAUAACAAUUUGUUGUUAAACAGAAAAUAUUUUGUUAAUUGGGAAGUUUUAUGUUUGUGAGGAUGUGACAUUUUUGGCGGGUUGAUUGAUUCAUUUGUUAUAUGAUUUUUGGCAGAAUAAUGUGUUGUUCUGUUAUAAAAAUCAUGUCUAAAAUUGUGUUGUAAUUCCUAAUGUAGUGUAGCUUUGUAUUAUAAUUUAUUUUUUUUCAGAUUAAAAUAAGAGAUCUGGUUCAUAAGAUGGUAUUACACCUAUAACAUGGUGAUAUGAGUUAUGCGUCGGAGCCUUGCACCAAGUCAGGUAUUAAAACGUCGGCCGGAUGAUGACUGCCUGUCACAAAAAUCUCAGAUCUUCACCAAGAAAGGGCGGCUGUCGCGGUCUAAACCACUGUCUGAGAUUCCGCCAGAGAAUGUGGUCACGACUCCAACGCCUAUCACACCAGAAACUAUCUCCAACCAUGAAGCGCUCAUCAGGAAACUGCUGUCGAAGCCGUUCAAAGUGCCCAUCCCGAACUACCGAGGGCCGACCUUGGGGUCCCGGGCGCUGGGCCUCGGCCGGAGCAAGUGCCGCCAGCCGCUGCACGACCCUCUAGAGCCCGGGGCGCUGGUGCUGUACUCCCCUCCGGAGCUGAGCGCUCACGACAAGCUCAAGCUGGACCUCCAGAAGCAACCAGUCCAUGUGGUUGUGGAUCCUCUGUUGUCGAACGUGCUACGUCCUCACCAGAGAGAGGGCGUGAAGUUCAUGUACGAGUGCGUGACGGGCCAGCGGAUAGCUGACGCGUACGGCUGCAUCAUGGCGGACGAGAUGGGGCUGGGCAAGACGCUGCAGUGCAUCACCCUCGUGUGGACGCUGCUGCGGCAGGGCCCUGACUGCAAGCCCGUCAUCGACAAGGCCAUCGUGGUCGCCCCGAGCAGCCUCGUCAAGAACUGGUACAACGAGAUCAACAAGUGGCUGGGCGGCCGGGUGAACCCCCUGGCCAUAGACGGCGGGGCCAAGGACCAGAUAGACCGCAACCUCAGCGGCUUUAUGCAGACCUUCUCCCGUCGGCCGGCCAACCCGAUCCUCAUCAUCUCGUACGAGACGUUCCGCUUGCACGCCGCGGUGCUGCACCAGGGGGAAGUGGGCCUGGUGCUCUGCGACGAAGGCCACCGCCUGAAGAACUGCGAGAACCAGACCUACCAGGCGCUGAUGGGGCUGAGGGCCAAGCGCAGGGUGCUGCUGUCGGGCACCCCCAUCCAGAACGACCUGCUCGAGUACUUCAGCCUCGUGCAGUUCGUGAACCAGGGCAUCCUCGGCACGGCCCAGGAGUUCCGCCGCAAGUUCGAGCUGGCGAUCCUGCGCGGGCAGGACGCAGACGCGACGGAGGACGAGCGCAAGCGCGGGCAGGCCUGCCUGGAGGAGCUGGCGGGCAUCGUGAACCGCUGCUUGAUCCGGCGCACGUCGUCGCUGCUCUCCAAGUACCUGCCGGUGAAGGUGGAGCAGGUGGUGUGCAUCCGCAUGUCCCCGCUGCAGCGGGACCUCUACCGGCAGUUCAUCUCCAGCGAUGCCCUCCGCAAGACAGUCACAGGUCAGAACGAAGGGAAGGUGAGUCUCUCCGCCCUCUCGAGCAUCACCUCCCUCAAGAAACUGUGCAACCACCCCGAUCUGGUGUACGACAAGAUCGAGAGCCGAAGCGAGGGCUUCGAGAAAGCUCGAGAGUUGUUGCCAGACAAGUACGACGUCAAGAAGGUUGUCCCCGAGCUCUCCGGGAAGCUGAUGGUCCUGGACUGCCUGCUGGCCGUCGUGAGGACCACCACCACCGACAAGGUCGUCCUCGUCUCCAACUACACGCAGACGCUGGACCUGUUCGAGCGGCUGUGCCGCGCCAGGAACUACCCGUACGUCCGGCUCGACGGCACCAUGACCAUCAAGAAGAGGGCCAAGGUGGUGGAGCGUUUCAACGACCCGUCCAGCCCGGACUACAUCUUCAUGCUGAGCUCGAAGGCAGGGGGCUGCGGCCUGAACCUGAUAGGGGCCAACCGGCUGGUGAUGUUCGACCCCGACUGGAACCCGGCCAACGACGACCAGGCCAUGGCUCGCGUUUGGAGGGAUGGUCAGCGGAAGCAGUGCUUUAUCUACAGGCUUCUCUGUACGGGCACCAUCGAGGAGAAGAUAUUCCAGCGGCAGGCCCACAAGAAGGCUCUGAGCUCGUGCGUGGUGGACAACGAGGAGGACGUCGCACGGCACUUCACGCAGGCCGACCUGCGCCACCUGUUCGCGCUGGAGGAAGGCACGCUCAGCGACACCCACGACAAAUUCCGGUGCAAGCGCUGUUUGAACCACAUCCAAGUGAAGCUGCCGCCGGACGGCUCGGACUGCUCUUCGGACCUGUCGUGUUGGAACCACUGCAGUGACAAGAAGGGCCUGGUGGACGUCGUGCUGAAGCAGUGCUGGGACGCGGGUGUCUCGUUUGUGUUCCACCAUCGUUCCCACGAGCAGAAGCCCGUGCCCUAGCGAAACUCCCAACUCAACGUCGCCCGUCACCCAUCACUCUGUACUACUAGUUUUUUACAAUUGUGCUAUGCCACAUGAUCUGGAUAUCAUUGCUACUUAAAACAAACUUUUUUUAUAUACUACCUAUUUUGUGUUGUGCCGGUUUUCUCUUGUUUGCUUGUUAAAUUAUUUGCAAGUUAUCUAAUGUUUGUUAUUUUUUUUUCUAUAAAAAAAGUCUCACUUGUAUUUUUGUGCAAUUUUUUACAUGUCUUUUAAUUUAAAAAUGUAAGACAUUUGAAGAUUUUGAAGAACUGCAUUCAAGGUCAGAAAAUUACGCUAAUAAAACAUUGCUAAGGUAAAGCAUCGAAAGUCUACGAAAAUAAAUAUUUUUAUUGACUAGCUGUGUGUAAAGUUAAAUUAUAUUUAUUUUUAGCCAUGAAACCUAAACAUGAUUUUGUUUGGAUUGAUUACUACUCAAAAUGUUGCCUAACCAAUCGAGAAACGAAUUAAAUAAUUUUGUUUUUCA